UGACCGGAGUGUCAUUUUUUCUUAGCAACCAAACGCACCAUAUGCAUUCCCACGAAAGCAAAGCCACCUAGCCAAGUCCACAAAGCUUUCUCAGUUCUUCAUUCUCAGGAAAGCCCAGAAAACUGUCCAAAGAGAGAUGAAGAAAGCCACAGCAAUCUUUUCAAUUCUUCUAUUGGUGUCUCUUUCUCUUCAAGAAAUAGCCUAUGCAGUUUCUCUUUCAGAGCCAAACCAGGAUUUUGAAGGAUUUGCAGGUUCAAGAACUCUCAAGCAAGAGCAAGAGCAUGCUCAUGAGGUUCAUUGUUCAAGAGAAAGGAGUAGGGCAGCUUGGAAAAUAAUUGAUGAGUAUUUGAUGCCAUUUGUGGAACGAGAAGACUAUCAGAUUUCAAGUAAGUGUAGACUUCAUCCCAACAAAGAUCUAUUCAGAGAUCAGGAACUGCACAAGAUUCAUGUGGAUAUAAAUGAAUGGCGGUGUGGAUACUGUAAGAAAAGCUUCCGUGCUGAAAAAUUUCUUGAUCAGCAUUUUGACAACAGACACUACAAUCUACUGAAUGUUAGUCACAGUAAGUGCUUGGCUGAUUUAUGUGGGGCAUUGCAUUGUGAUGUCGUUAUGAAUACCAAGUCAACCAAAACCAAGUGCAACCCUGCAGCUACCGCAAGAAAUCGUCACCUAUGUGAGAGUCUUGCCGAUAGUUGUUUUCCUGCUAAUCAGGGCCCCUCUGCAAUCCGUCUUCAUGAUUUGUUUUUGCGACAAUUUUGUGAUGCUCACACUUGCUCAGGAAAACAGAAACCCUUUUCUAAGGGAGGCAAGAAGGAAACAAGUGUAUUCUACCUGGCUAUCGCAAUACUGACUUUGAUGCUGCUCCCUAUUUUCUAUCUAAUUGUUUAUUUGCACCAAAGCGAAAUGAGGAAGGAUACCCAAGAGCUUAGGCGCAUCUCAAAAGUUGGACAAAAAACAAAACCCUCAUAGUUGGAUAGGCUGUUGCAGUUAUCAAGCAGGUGAACAUGGAGUAUAAUGGCAAGAUUUACUCUGUGUCGACCCAUUGCAAUAGAAUCCUUUGAAAAUCUGCAUUCGCCAAGAAAGUCAAAGAAAAGGAAUUACAUCUGGAGGCAACCUUGCUAAUUUUCCAUUUGCUGGUGUAACUCUUCUUCCUCAAAUAGGGAUCUAAUUGUCAAUGGAACAGCAAAGAGCCAAAGAUAUACGAAAAUUGUAUUGCUUAUUGUCUUGGAAAUCUUUUCAAUGAAACCCUUUAUUGAUGCUA